ACAGUAAUUGUUUAGUAACAUGGAUUAUUCAACACCUACACCCGGUUUAUUAACAAAUAUAUUUCUACAAAUAUUGCAGAGUCCUUUAAAUAUUGCCCUCGUGUGUAUUAUUGGAUUUCUAGUGUAUAAAAUUUUCAAGAGUCGAAAUAAUGAUAUACCCGUGCGAAAUACAGUCGUGGAAUUACCAAAAAUGAAAAAAAGAGACUUUACAUUGGAAGAAUUAAGAAAAUAUGAUGGUAACCAACCAGAUGGAAGAGUUCUUGUAGCAGUUAAUGGAAACGUUUUCGAUGUUACUAAAGGAAAACGCUUUUAUGGUCCAGGUGGUCCGUAUUCACCUUUUGGAGGCAGAGAUGCUUCUAGAGGUCUGGCUACGUUUGAGGUCAAUGCUGUUACUGAAACCUACGAUGACCUAAGCGAUUUAAGCACCAUGGAAAUGGAUUCGAUAAAGGAAUGGGAGUCACAAUUUCAUGAAAAAUACGACUUCAUAGGAAGAUUGUUGAAGCCAGGUGAGCAACCGACCAACUAUUCAGAUGAAGAAGACGAAUCAGCAGCCGGAGGAGAUAAAGCAGACAAGGAGAAAAAAGAAGAUUAAAUAAUCCGCAAGAAAAGAAAAAAAAAAUAAAAAAGGCUGACGCGGUUAUAAACACCGAUCUAAACUAAAAGUAAAAUAUUUCAAAAAAAAACAAAACUUAAUUUCGAAGUUUUUUGUAAAGCAUUAACAGUACACAUUGUCCUUAUAUUUAUAUUAUAGUUCACCGUUCUCUGUUUGUUUGAGAGUAAGCUGAGUUUUUAAAUAAUUUAUUUGUAAUUAUAAUUGAUGUGAUUUAAAAUAAAAGGUUAAAAGCAUUGUGUAAAAAUACAAAUGCCAAAUCAGUGUCCUUUCAUCAAAGAAAUAGUGCAACAGAAGCUGGUUACAAAUGUGAUGCUUUUGUGGUAAGUGUUUGUGCUAAGAUUGAGUUUUGCUCUAAAUAAUACAUCGUACAACUCAGAUGAAAUACAGGUUACUUUCUCCAUAAUCUCUUUCAGUCAUAUUAAUGGAUGCCUGGAUAAUAGUUUUAUCGUUUUGCACAUUUUUUUAUUACUCUAUAGAAUAUAUCAUUUAAAUGCCAUCGAGUCGUUUAUGUUCUCUAUAUUACCCAUUUGCAUGAAAUCUCAAUUACCUUGUCAGUUCCACAGUGUAUUUAAGUGAUAUAUACGUUUGUUUUUAAUUUGUCUUAAUAAGAUAUAACACUAUAUUUCCCUUAUAGAUUAGAUAACUUUGGUCCUUAAUUUCUGCAUCAUCAAAUGCCUUUUGUAGAUCUAUAAUGCACCACGUUAUAUUCCAAUGAUUGUUCCACGAUUUGCCUUACGACAAACACCAAAUGAUUACAAGAGCUUCAAGAUCUAAAGCGUUGUUUUGAUCAAAUAAUUUAUUUCAAUUUCCUAUCGGAACCAAGGCUUUUUUUAUCAUCGAGGAAUUUACUUUAGUAUCAUUAUAUCAGAUAUUUUUUAUCAUGACUCCAGUUGUUUAAAAUUCCAAUGCUUUAUUCAUAAUAUGUUUAACCAUUAGUAACUAGUGAUGACGACAGUGCAUAACUUUGUCUAUUGUAAUCUUUGUUCAUAAUAACAGUACACAAUGUUGUCUAUUGAUUGCUUGUUGCAACUUCUUGAAAUGAUUUAUUCAGAUUUUUGUUAUUAUCAAUCCUUUUUAAUUAAAGUUUGCUAUUAAUCUCACAUUUCGGUGACUUAAUUUUUUUCUACCAAUGGCGAUAAAGUCGAAAUUGGUCCUUGACCUGUCCACGUCGUGCACCGCUGUCCUCCAAGCUCUGACGUCCGUUAGGUAUUGUGCUUCAACUGCUACUUUACCCAGAUCUGUUCCGUGUCCUUCCUAUUGGACUUCUGCAUUGUAUUUUCUAGGGUUCUUCUAGUAACCAUGUCGUCAUCUAUCCUUACUAAGUCCAUUAACGUAUAUGGUGUUUGGACUAUAUUUCUUUGGGCAGUUAAUAAAGUUCAUGACGGUGCAAAGAUCUUCCUUAGAAUUUUUAUUUGAAAAACCUUAAUUUUAUUUUUGUAUUUUUUAUCUGGUGUCCCUCUUCUUUGUUGGGAGCCGUACGCUAUGGAGGUUCAUGUUGUCGAAAAUGCAGAGAUACAGAGAGUUUCUUAUGUCUCUGAAUAAUGAAUGUUGCUUUCGUCCAGGGCCUCUUCGACCUUCAACCUUACCCAUCAAGAUGACAUUUAGGUUAUUAUUUUGUAGAAUAUGGCUUAAGUAUAAAACCUUUCGCUACUUAACGAGAUCUAACAAUUCUCUUUGCUUAGGACCUCAUUAUUUGUUACAUGAUCUAGACAUGACAUUGUAAGCAGUCUUCUAAGACACCAUAGUUCGAAAUCCUUCACACGAUUCAGAAAUUCAGAGAUCUCUUUAAGUGAGCAGGUCUCACUGAAGUGUCCGUACAUCAGGACGGGCCUUAUGUAGCAUUUCAAGACCAAGAUUCUACGGGGUUAAAGAAACUUCAUGGCGAAGGAGGUAUUUAUCAAAUUUAACAAAGCCCUUUCUAACUACUGCUACUCUUAUAUUCACUUUCAGGUAAGUAAUUCAGGUAUUAAAUAACGAGUGACAGUCUCACUGUCGCAAGGUAUUUAAAUCUUUCAACUGGUUCAGUAGCUGUACUAUUUACAUUCAAUUGAGUUCCGUAUGGGGAUAUCGGGAUAUCUGCUGAUCACCCUAUAUUUGGUUUUUGCUAUGUUGAUCUUAAUGUACUUCUCUUCCAAUUCCUUUAUUAUAUUAAAUUGCAAUAAAUCUUGCAGCUUCUAAUUGUCCGCUAUUAAUUAUGGCAGUAUCGUAAGCAUAUCUUUAAUGAAAAGAUCAUUAUUUUCAUGCGUUUUUAGGUAUGUGAAAACUGAAAUAUAUUUUCUACAUGUUGAACAGUAGUGGGGAAAGAAUACAACCCUGUCUGGCACCCGUAACAUACUAUUUAUAGAUCCUAAUCUUUGUUUAGUGGACGUUUUUGGAGUGGAAUGUGAGUCAGCAAGAAAUAUACUUUGUAAGAAAUAGUACUUCAUUAUUCUUUUUUGAAUUUGAUCAAGUUUUUUACUGCUCCAAUAUCCUAUUCAUUCCUAUUUCCUCGUAUUUCGAUCUGUAUUUGUGGUUUUGCCUUUGUAUAUUUCUAGUCAAACCUACUUGACCUUUGUUAUCUUGACAGCGUACUAGCGACCUUGAUUCCAAUCUAGACAUCACAGACUAAUCAUAUUGAAAUCAAAGGUCCUCUACAUCUCUCAUUCUGAUAGCCUUCCAACUUGAGGGACUAGUCUGGUAAGCUCUGAAUGAUGUAUUGAUAUAACAAUCCUGUUUAAUAUUGUUCACAAAUUGCAAAGAAUCUAAUAUUUUAAAGAACGAUAAUGGACUUUAAAAUUGGAAACAUUUGUAACCAAGUUAACUUAUUCAUAUUAUUGAGGACACUGAAUUGGUAUAACGAAUCGAGAUUUUUACAAUUUAAAUGCUUACAUGAACCAGUAAUAUAAUUCCAGAAAUUUGCAUUUGUUAUUAUGUAUGUAUAAAGUUUGGUUUGAAAUAUGAAUUAAAGAUGUCUGAAUAUCGCGUUUUCUGUACAGGGCGUGUAAAAUUAUAUUUAUAUUGUGGUAUUGUGAUCUUUUUUCCUAAAAUAAAACAUCUUAAAUGGUUUAUCUUUCAAUUUAACUCCAAGGUUGUUAUGAAUAUUAAAAACGUCAGAUAUAUAUGUUAGUGAAUUUCUAAUUAUUGUCCAUUGUGUUGGUAAUUUAUGGUGCACUAAAAAAGGAGAAAGUCCUCUUUCCUAAUGACAUUGUAAUUCAUUCUAAUUUAUCGAAUCUCCUAUUUUUGCAGCUAUACAACGAAUAAACUUAAUAUGAUGAAGCGUUUAUACGUAAUUCUUGUUUGGAUUCUACAUUAGAUUUCAUCAUUUUUUGUAUUACUGUCUAUUUUUAACUUUCGGAAAAUACAUAAUUACGUAUUAGAUGAUUUGCACUAAUGCAUCUGAUGGUGAUAACAAUUUACAAAAUCCGAAGAUGUACAAAUCUUAUUAGUCUCAAAAUAUAAAUGCUGCUAGUGAUGAGCGGAUGAUCCGUAUGGCGCAUUAAAUCCGGCCGGUAAAAUUCUUUUAGAGCGUUA